CUAUGAUUUAGCCGAUUGUCCGAACUGAUUUGUCGCACUUGGGGUUUUCCACCAUGUCAGAGACGCAGGAAUCCUGCCUAGGCCCAACGAUGCCUCGGGACGAGGAGAUGGAAGAUGUACAAUAUCCGUCCGCAUCCGAAUCGGAUGAUGCAUCCGAAUCGAGUGAUAGACGCCCCAUACUGCGUAGCGAGCAAAUAACCAUGGUCUAUCAGUUCAGCCGGCCGUUUCAUCCAUCAUUUAGGCGUCUCCUAAAGGAUGCUGAGCUGGAGGACGAGUCAAACCAUGAUACGUGGACUGAACUCAUUUGUAGCGUUCUGUGUUCUCUGUGUCCUGGUCUGAAGGAGGCGGGUGUGAGUGUUGUUUCAGCAAGCGAGCUGGAGUCGAUCGCGGAAAACCUCGACGAUGUUGAGCGCACAAAGUGUGUGGCUCUGAUCACAGAUGCUCUCAGACAGAAUAAAUGGGACCCCUUGAUCAGAUAUGCGGAUAUGAAGUUGCGACUCGCACCUCCGGAAAUCAAUUAUUAUGAUUACAAUCAGUUUGAGGUUGAAAAAAAUCUUGCUACCGCAUACCAUGGGCGUUUUAUUGGUAGUGCACCUCGCUCUUUCAUUAGGCAUCUUGACCAAAUCGACCGGGAGGAGGGCAACCUCAACAAACCACGUUAUGCUAAAUCCAUCUCCGUAGUCCAAAGCUCUGGGGCUGGAAAAUCACGUAUGCUGACGGAGGUCGGUGCCCGAAUCUUUACCCUCCCUAUAUGUCUUCGUACACCGGGUAGUUCGGGUUAUCCGUUAGCGGACGAGCCCGUGUCCGAAUAUUUCAAUGAGCUCAAGACUCAGUGCGGGAACAAUGACCUGAGCAUCAGCACAGUUGCGGGUAUCGCCAGUUUCUUUGCAGCUGCACAUGAGACUAUGUUAGCCUCGCUCAAAGUCAUUCUCGGUGAGGGGAAUUGUGCAAGGAAAGACGUUCUCAGCAGUUGGCACCGCAGAAUGGAGGGAGAGGGCGGGGGGGGUUUUCGGGUGAAGUUCUUCGAAAGCGUGAUGGAACGAACGAAACAACUAAAAAAAAGUUAUGGCGUAGGACCAGGGAAUAGUCCCAAGCUCGAUGACGGUAAUGGAUUUAAACGAAAUAAGGAGGGCAAAAAGGGCAAAAAGGGCAGAAAGAACGGCCCGAUCACGCUGGCCAGGAGCUAUUACGAGAAAGACGCGAAGAAGGCUGUUGAAGACCUGAUGGAGUUCAUCAAGACUCUUGCCAGCGGUUCUGAUCCACUAUGCAUCACAUACUUCGAUGAAGCUCACGAGUUGGGGAUGUGCUUCUGGAUUAUGUUACGUUUAUUGCAAAAUCAAAAAGAUUCCGUGAGAAUGUGGUAUGUCUUUAUGGGGACGAAAUCAAGCAUAACGUAUUUUGCACCCCGUCCCCAAGACAUGGUUUCCGCAAGACUCAGAGAGGAACAACGACGACUGGAGCCCCCCUUUUUUGCUCUUGGUUUUGAUCAGUAUGCCAGGGAGCAGGCCAAAACUCCCACACUCGUCAAGAUGGGCCAAUUCGAAACAAUGGAGCAUAUCAGCCAAUAUGGGCGGCCUUUGUGGCGCGCAAUGCUGCCCAUGCCAGGCGACGAACUGAUCAACGUUGCAGCUUACAAGCUCACCGCUGCUGAAGUUAGAGGGUUCCAUGCCGGGAAUAAGCUCCAUGUGUUUGCCGUGCUUUCACAACGGCUCUGUCUCGAUCUUGUUCUAGCGAGUGCUGAGGCUGCCGAGUUAGCCGAUCGGAGUGUCUCCCAUCACAUGAGACUUCUCACAGGUCUCUCGGUUAAUAACGCAAUACUUUACACCCAUUCGCCAUCGGAACCAAUUCUGGCUUUGGGUGCUGCACGAAUUUUGUAUCAUCCCGACGCGCCCAACGGGCUAUUACGUUCAGUCCUGGAGACUUUGAGCAAGGGUUUGUGCCAUGCAGGUUUGGUCGAAAAGGGACUUAUGGGUGAACUUGCCGCCCGUUUCCUUCUCCUCACCGCGCGCGACUUUGCGGCUCCAGUUGAUGGCAAACAUCGUAACUUCCUGAAACCUGUUCGCCUGCUGGAUGUUCUUCAGACUCUUUUCGGCGGCAAUGGCUGGUGUGAUCGGAGCGUCAAAACCGCUUUCUGUGAUGCAUUUGUCAAUUUCACACACUGGACCACCACAAGAAACUUCUUACCCCAAAUGCCUUCUCGGAAAUUGCUUGCUAACCUCUGGGCUCGGGGGGCCAUUUUGCAAUGCUGCUUCAAUCAAACAUCAAUCGAUUUCCUAUGCCCGGUUUAUUUUGGCUCUGUGGAACCCGGAGCUAUUUUUGAUUGCGACCAGCUGUCGGGACUCGUUGUUCAAGUCAAGAACAAAAAGGAAGGGGAUACUGGUGCCCAAAGAAAUCUGCGACCUGCCGGGAUCAUCCGUGACUUCAAAGACCCACUUCCUUAUCUUGCCCUGCUGAUGGAGCUUGGUACCGAGUCCUGCUACCGAGGGGGGGGUUUAAUCAAGCACACCCCUCCAGAGCAUUCCCAGCCUCUCCAAUAUAAACGCUUGCAGGAAGAGUACCGGCAUGCUUUGGAUGGCCUAUCCCAGCAUAGAGAACAAAAUCCCAAGGAGAAGAAACAUUUGAAGCUGCUGGAGGCAGAUGUUCAAGCCAAAGAGCUGGAAAAGGACCAAUAUAAUCGGUACCUGAUCUCUGCCCGAGGUGCGGGGUCUAAGACCUAUGGCAUACUUAAGAUGGCAGGAAUCGAGGAGGAAUUUAACACCUUCCUCAGCAUUGUCAUACCUCAGGAAUCACCCUAUGAUGAUGAAAUUGCUCAAAUGUGGCCGGAUCACGUUGGGGAUGAUGGCUGGUUGGCUGAUUAUGUGAUAGAUAAUGAAGGAUAAUCCCUUGUCCAGAGCCAGAGCAUGUGUGAUGAAAUGUAAAUUAGUUGUGAAUCUGAAUGUAUCUGAAGACUUGUGCCUUUUGG